AUGGCGGAAAAGAGUUUCUCAAUGAAAAAACGAACACCUCAAAGGUCUCCAAAGAAGAAGAAUGACAUUUAUAUUAAUAGAAAAACAGACUUCAAAGCACAACUAGAGCGUUGCCAGAAGCUCCUUGAUUCGAGUCAUCAGGAAGUGUGGAUCCAUGGUCUUGGUGCAGCAAUCAACAGAGCUAUUAAUCUAGCACUGCAGCUCAAACACAGAGGMAUGGGAACAAUAGAAACUUCUGCAUUAACUUCAAGUGUAGAGCUGAUUGAUGACUUUGAACCRCUUGAUGAUGAACAUGAAAGUCACUCCAAAGUAAGAACAAACUCAGCCAUCCACAUUAGAGUUUACAGGAUUCCAGUGCAACAAGGAUCAGAAACAGCUUCAAAACCUUAACCAGUUGAAGUGUUUAAAUCCUCCUAACACAUUCCCAGGGG